AUGCCAUUCAAAAUUGCUAACCACGGGGGUCGAUAUCUCUAUGUCGACGAUGAUAAUCAAAUCCAAGCUGAUCACAACUAUGACUUGAGCCGACCACCCAGUGAUUUGGCUUCCAAGGGCACUGUCUUUGACACGGGCAAACAACAUCAGCUGGUGACAAACAAGGGCCCUGUCAAAUACAACAUGGGUGGCACACCGAUAGAUUUACAACUGGAGCAAAUUAAUGCAGAUGAAUACGUCAUUCGCACGAGUCGUGGCAAACAUUAUCUGUUUUCUGGUCUCGAAUCAAUCCGUGUGGAGGAUCAAGUAGGCCCCAUGGGCAUCUUUACUGUUGUCAACGAAUAA